AUGUUUGUCACAGUGAUGCUGAACAAGCAGGUUGCUACUGGCUGGCCUUGUCUUGUGUCUUUGGCAGUGUCUGUGUCAUGUGGCAGCUCCCACCUGGUGAUCUCCGUUCCAGUGGAUCUCUUUGGGACUGGCGUACCUGUUCGUGCCAAUGAAUUGACUCUGGGGUCAGGCUGUGCUGUGACUGCAGCACGCCUGGAUACGCUGUUGCUGGAAUACCCUCUCGCUGCUUGUGGGGCCUCCAGAAAACUUCAUCCACACAGUAUUCAUUAUGGAAAUGUUCUUCACUACAAACCAUUGGCUACAAAUGGUGUGAUCCGGACCAGUCGCUUCUCCCAUCCCAUAGACUGUUUCUAUCCCAGGUCAGGGAAUGUCUCUUCACUUGGAAUUAAACCCACUUGGUUCCCCUUCAGUACCACCCUGAUGGACAGGCAGCGUCUGGAUUUUGCCCUUGAAGUUUAUGAUAAUACCUGGUCACUACCCAUCUCCAACCCCCUUUACUAUCUUGGGGACCUAAUCAACAUCCAAGCAUCUGUUAAAAAGGGUAGCCAUGUACCUCUGAAGAUAUACGUGGAUGAGUGUGUUGCCCGACCAAGUGCAGAGUCCUCUGUGAAAUAUGAAGUCAUCACAAAUCAUGGGUGCCUUGUAGAUGGGCAGCACAGCCGCUCCCGCUUUCUUGCCACUCAAGCAGCUGAAACCCUCCGCUUCCAGCUGGACACCUUUGCCUUCAUUGGAGCCUCCAACCAGGUCUACCUCAUAUGUCACUUGAAGGCUGUGUCCGCUGACUCCACAGACCGUCGUAACAAGGCUUGUUCCUACGACCCCAGCAGCACCUCAGCCUGGAACUCCCAUGAAGGAGGAGACUGUUCCUGCUGUGCUUCACCUGCUGGCUGUGGAAGCAAGAGAAGGAAGAGGGGACAGCAGCAGAGGAAAGGCCUGUUUGGAGAAGCAGACCUCAAGUUUGGCCCCAUCACACUAGAAGCGCAACAGGUGAACUCAUCUAAAAUGAGUUCCAGUACCUCUGAGUUGAUGGAUGCAGCAGAACUGCUUUUGACAGACAAGACUCCCCAUGCUACUGUGUUGCCUCAUAACCAGUUUGUGACUAUGAUCAUGAGGGGAGAAGUGAGCGAAGAUGCCUCUUCAGGGUUACACCUCCCCUUCUCUACAACUACCCUGGUCAUAGCAAUUGCCUGCUCUUUCAUUAUAUUUCUGUCCAUCCUGGGCUGUUAUUUCUCUAGCAGACGGGCCCAUAGAGGAUACCACAUGGAGGUUGUUGGUGCAGCCUUGGGAGAGUCUGGCGCUGUAGCUAUGGCACCUGCUGCUUUGGGAACAUCUAGUGCCACCUCUAGAAAACCUGGGGUGAUGCUGGCUACAGCUAGUAGGCAACCUGCUUCUGUCUGA